UUAAUACUGUUUCAAACAAAGGAAUUACACAGUCACAUAGAUACAUAAACACUUUAGACAAGUUUCUGCUUUCAAUGUUAAGAACCAGGUGACAAGUUAAUGAAGAUCUUAUUUUCUGCAUGUAUACACUAAAUACUAACAAGCCUCCUUACAGGUUUUCGAAGUUAUCUCUUUUCAGUCAUUUUCUCUCAAAAUUGUUUUUCACUUAAACCUUUUUAAAUGUCAGCAAUUAAAUAAACAUCAAACAUAAGAAAAUACUUGAAUACAGACAGGAAAGAGUUAACAAAUUUGCUUUACAAAAGGAAAAGCCUUGGUAUAGAAGACAGAGCAAAGUAGUCUGUCUGUGUGCUACUUGCAGGACAACAGAAGCAUCAGAACGUGAAUUGGAUUGCUCUGGCCCUAAGUAUCUUUGCCUGAGAAAAUCCUUGUAGAAUAAUUCAAAGAUCCAAAGAUGCACCAGCAAGAGUUAGCUUUAACUGGAUUCUUAAAGAAUGACCAUGAAACACAUCUUCCAGAAGAUAUGGCUACCACCAAUGAACAUGUGGGUGAAAGUGACGAGAAUGUGGAGCGAGGUAACUGGUCCUCGAAGGCUGACUAUCUUCUCUCGAUAAUUGGUUAUGCUGUGGGUCUGGGUAACGUCUGUCGAUUUCCUUUCCUGGCUUACAGAAAUGGAGGAGGUGCAUUUUUGAUUCCCUACGUUCUCAUGCUGACACUCGCUGGGAUACCAAUGUUUUUCUUGGAAACUUCCUUUGGGCAGUUUGCCAGCCUCGGACCCACUGCAGUGUGGAAAGCUGUGCCAAUAUUACAAGGUGUAGGGAUUACAAUGGUGCUAUCAUCGACAUUUGCCACCAUUUCUUACUCCUGCAUCACCGCCUACAGUCUGUACUACCUGUUUGCAUCCUUCCAAUCACCCCUGCCAUGGGCAGACUGCUUCAAUUGGUGGGGAGCAGAUAAAACAUGCAGCAGAACUCCCAAAGACCCACUCUGCAAUCUCACUCUGAAUGAUGGAUAUUUUGAAAUCGUUAAUACAACAUGGUUGCAGACAAACAAUGAAACUUGUCCGAAUGGAUCUGAAAUCUCCAUUCCUCACCAGGGUCCGAGUGAGCACUACUGGGAUAAAGCAGUUUUACGACGAACCAGCUCAAUGGAUGAGACUGGGGAAAUAGUCUGGUAUUUAGCUCUCUGUCUGCUUCUGGUCCGACUGAUGGUGGGGGCAGCGUUAUCGAAGGGAAUUAAAUCAUCAGGAAAGGUGGUUUACUUAACUGCAACAUUCCCAUAUGUGGCUUUGACUAUACUCCUGAUCCGAGGGCUGACACUGGAAGGAGCCUCUAAAGGAAUUGAAUUCUACAUCGGAAGCCAGUCAGACUUCUCCAAAUUGGCUGAUGCUCAGGUUUGGAAAGAUGCUGCAACACAAAUUUUUUUUUCUAUCGCUGUAUCAAUGGGAGGCUUAACAGCACUUUCAUCUUAUAACAAAUUCCACAACAACUGUUACGCAGAUACCUUCAUUGUCUGUGUUGCUAAUUGUGCUACGAGUGUGUAUGCUGGAUUUGUCAUUUUCUCUGUCCUUGGACACAUGGCUCUUGUACAAGACAAGCCCGUUUCAGAAGUUGCACAGUCAGGUAUUGGUUUGGCUUUUGUUGUCUACCCAGAGGCCCUUGCCCACUUACCAUGGGCACCUUUAUGGUCCAUUUUGUUUUUCUUCAUGCUGCUUACUCUGGGAUUGGGCAGUGAGUUUGCAAACCUUGAAACAGUUAUAACAGCCAUCCAGGACCAGUUCCCUAAAUUUCUACGAUCAAGGCGCCUUUCUCUGACAACUGCUGUGUGUAUGAUAUUUUAUUUCCUCAGCCUUUUACUUGUAACGCAGGCUGGGAUUUACUGGAUAAAUUUAAUUGAUCAUUACUGCAUCGGAUGGGUUCUCAUUAUAUCAGCCCUACUGGAACAGAUGGGUCUAAGCUGGAUCUAUGGGCUGAACAGAUUCAUCAAGGACAUUGAGAUGAUGAUUGGGGAAAGGACUUGGCUCUUCUGGCUGUGGUGGAGAGUCUUCUGGUUUUUUAUCACCCCGGGUUUGAUGGCGGUAAUCUUCUUCUGGUCCUUAGCAACAUUCACCCGGCAAACAUAUGGACUUGUCGAAUAUCCUGGCUGGGCAACAGCACUGGGAUGGUGUAUGAUAGUCUUCAGUAUUAUGUGGAUUCCCGUUGUAGCAGUAUGGAAAGUAGUUCAAGCUGAGGGCUCCACCUUGUGCCAGAAAAUAUCUGCUGCUUGCACAUCAACUCCUGAUUGGGGUCCGUACUUGAAACAACACAGAGGGGAAAGAUACAGAAUGAAGCUGGAUUCUACAGAAGCACCUAACCCUGUGCAACUUCUGGUUACUUCUCAGAUAUGAAUAUUUAACAAAACAGUUCUUUCUCAGCUUGUAAACAAUGUUCCUAAAUAUCCACACCAUUCCGAUAUCCUCCCACCAUAACUUAUUUGGGUGUUUGCCAAAACAGAUAAUGGUCCAGGUAUAACUUUGGCUGACCUUUCUUCUGCCCAUAGUCAGGUAGUACAUGGUACAGAGGUAUUACUGAGCAUUUGAGCACCUGCAUCACGGAUAUGUACAAAAAAAAGAACUUCCUAGUGAGACGUAUUAAAUAGAAGGAAGUCUAAUAGCUCGGGUUGUGAACAGAGACUUGAUGAUCAGAAUCUUUAAAGGGCAAUCUCUCAGUGUCUGAAAAGUAAUCAUGAAAAUGUUCUUCACUCUUUAGUAAUAUAUCCAUGGGAAUGUAGGUUGGUAGAUGGAAAAGCCAAAUUUCUGCAGAAUAUAUUGCAGAAUAAAGAGAAAUGUUUUUGGAACCACCUAAGGAAGUGAAUAGUGCAGAAGGGAAGCUGCAGAAUUUAAACAAAUAUGUUUGUGGAUUGAAUGAUGCAUUGAAGGCAUAGUUUUAUGUCAGUUGUGCAACUACGUGAGUCCUGGUUUUAAAUGGAUCCGAGCCAGGAAGUAAAGUUCAAACGAGAGCACUGAUCUUUUCCUUGUUAGUAAGUUUCUUCACAGUAUGCAGCAUUACAGAACUCUUCCUCCUAUCUACCAGUCUAGUGCUGUUCUAAUUCUCUUGCUGCUAUUUUGAAAUAGACAAAUUAAACAAAAUUAGGGCAAUAGCUCUGAAGGGGCAUUGGAUCAAAAAGUAAAAUUCCAACAAGACAAACUGAAGUGUCAUAGUGGAGGUGAUGAUGCACCCAACCUAUGUGUUCCCACCAAUCACAUAGGCCUGAGAACUACCUAUGGACUGACUCAUCUUCUGUACAAUUCAAUCAAUGUCUCUUACUUGUAUGUCUUUUUAACAUAACAAUCAACCGAAGAUUAACAGAUUGCUCCCUUUUGUCUUGAAACAGAAUCUUUUUAAAAUGAUUGUUUGUACUUUUUAAUCAAUUUUGGUUUUCCCUAUUUCUCACAAUUCAUUAUUACAGAACCUCCAAAUAAUUCAGCUUUGUAAAGCAGUCUACUAAUUGGCACUUUGCAUCAUUUUCGGACUCUCUUUUCUCUCCAACAUUUCCUUUACACAAGUGAGCUAAAUGCUCAAACAUUUGUCUGUGACGUUCUCAUCAAAUUAACAUAGUUCCAAAUAAAAAGAUUGUUCAAAUAA